AAAACUUAAAUUUAAAAAACACCUUACUGCUUUUAGUGUCACAUUUUUAGUCAUUUUAUAAAAAAAAAAUUGAAAAAGCUUUCAAGCCAGUGAAGAAAGUGAAGAUUCCAUCAUGGCUGAGGGUCAACAGGGAUGGACUUUCAUGCUGAUGUUCAUCUGCAUUUUUGUCACCCUGGGCAGCGUCAUUCCCGUUGGCUACGCAUUCGGAGUCAUCAAUGCCCCGGCGGCGUUUAUAAGAAGUUGGGUGGAAGGCUCCUUCAACAGAAGAUACUCCUCCUCCCCGGGCGAAUCUCAGUUGACGGCUGUGACGUCCACCGUUGUGUCCAUGUUCGUGAUAGGUGGCACUGUGGGCACCCCCUUCGCUCCCAUGUUCAAUUCGUGGCUGGGCCGCCGCAACUGCCUUGUGCUCAGUGGCGUUAUAAUGGUGGUGGCUGCCUCUUUGCAGAUGGGCUGCAAAUUUCUGGACUCCAUUGAGAUGCUGAUGCUGGGCAGGCUUCUCGGCGGCAUAGCUGCCGCCCUGGUCUAUGCCACGCAACCGAUGUACCUCGUGGAACUGGCGCCCGCGGAGCUAAGCGGCAGUGUCGGCGUCUUCACCUGCAUCGGCAUCACCGGCGGCAUUGUGGUGGGUCAGAUCUUUAGCUUUGACUUUGUCCUGGGCACCGACAGAUUCUGGCCUUAUGCUCUGGGUGGAUCGGUGAUCUUCGUCGUCCUGGGACUUAUGACUAUUGUGUUCUUCCCGGAGAGUCCACGCUACCUGAUCGCCAAGGGCAAGAAGGAGCAGGCCAAGGAAGCUUUGAUGCGGCUGCGCGGCGACGAGGCACGGGUCAAUACGGAGCUGGCCCAGAUCGAGGCUGCCGCCAAUGCCGAGGGUUCGCUCACCAUGAAGCAGGUGAUCUGCGAAAAGAAGUACUUGCUGCCAUUGUUCAUAGUGGCUUCUUUUCAUUUCGUCCAACAAAUGAGUGGAAUUAACGCUAUCUGGUUCUAUUCCGUGGGCAUAUUCACUGAUGCCGGGUUCACUCUCCAAGUGGCCAUUUGGCUAAACUUUGCCGAGGGCGUGCUUAACCUCAUAAUCGCCCUCUUGGGUCCUUUCCUAAUGGCCAGGUUCAACAGAAGGAUAAUGAUGAUGUUGUCCUGCAUGGGAUCAUUUAUCUUUCUUUGCCUGCUCGUGGCAGGCUUGAUAUUUAUGAAAUCCAUCAAGGAGGUGUCCUAUGCCUGCAUCGCAUUCCUGUCCUUGUACAUCACUGCUUUUAACGUGGCCCUAGGACCUGUGCCGUAUUUCAUUGGGGCAGAGAUCUUCGAGUCGGCUCCACGUCCUUCGGGAAUGGCGUUCGGCAGCUUCUUCAAUUGGCUGGCAAAUGUCAUCCUGAGCAUGGGAUUUCCCAUGCUCAACGAGGUAAUCGGACCAUACGCCUUCCUGUUCUGUGCCUUUUUCUGCAUCUGUGGGUUCUGCAUAACCUUCUGUUACCUGCCGGAGACGAGAAAUCGCCAGCCGCAGGAGGUGGCUCCAUUGAUGGAGAACGGUUUCAAAUCCAAAGUAAAGUCGCCUUCAUGACUAUUUCGAUUUUUUCAUGAGGAAUCUUUGUAAUUUGUUAUUCCCGUACUGCUUCUAAUAUUCUAAUAAAAUAUUCACAGAGUA